GCGGGCGCGCUCUGGCGCGGGGAGCUGGGGGCCCCGGAGGGGGCGGGGUCACCCCACCUCAAGGUCACGGCGCAGCCCCCUGACCUUGAACUCUCCCAAUGGGGCGGAGCCGGCCUCGCCCUCCGACCUCGCGCCCAGAGCAUCCUGGAGGCAGCAUGGAGCCCAGACUCCUGCUCCUGCUCUGGCUUGGGCUGGGCCUGAGCACCAGGAUCCGGGCUAUAUAUUUCCGCCCCCCCCGGCCCCGAAUUGAGGAUCCGGCCCCACAACAUCCUCCCUGUGGGCAGCGCCGUCACCAUCAGCUGCUACACGCCCCUGAUCGCCGACUACUUCCGCCUGCUCCGCCUGGACUACAUGGAGGACGAUAUCCCGGGCGAGGAGGUCCCGUCCAUUUACCCCGGGCACGAGUGCCACAUGUACCACCCCGCCAUCAGGCCCGAGCACGGCGCCAGGUACUACUGCCAGUACCGCGUCAGCGAAUUCUGGUCUUUCCCCAGCCUCCACUUGGACCUGGUGGUCUCAGGUUUCUACAGCAGCCCCCGCCUGGUCAUAACGCCCACCAAGGUCAAGGAGGGCGGCUCGGUGACCGUCAAGUGCACCUCGGGCGGGGAAACCCUCAUCAUCUGGUGCGUGAUCAAGGGCGUGUCGGACUUCCGGGGCUACGUGACGUCCACCGUGGACCUGCAGCUCGAGCAAACCCUGCACAACCUGCAGCCCAGCCAGUCCGGGGCGUACACGUGCUACGGCUACAACGCCACCGACCAGCACCUGUGGUCCCUCCCCAGCAACGUGGUCACCCUCACCGUGGGCCAGCCGAAGGCCGCGGCUCCCAGGGCUGCUCCGGGGAUCCUCGUCAGCCACGCGCUCCUGGCGCUGCUUCUCCUGCAAAGCCGCUGGGCGUAGGGCUGCCCCGCCCGG